AUCUGCGAUAGGUUCAUGACAUAUUAUUAACGUUAAACUGUUGAGUGUUGGUCUCAGAUCUGUGAUAAAACUAUAAAUGUCACACAAAAACUAGAAAUAGGUACAGAAUUAUUUGUUUUGAAAUUAUGGUCGUAUUGCCACCGUCGGAUUCAAACUAAUUGAUUUAUUGUUUACAAUGACGUUAAUUUUGUGGAGGUCGUAUUCCAAAGCUCGCAAUAAUAUGUUAUGUGGAAACAAUAGCUGCAAUUCGGUGUCGUCUCUGUAUAAUUUUAUAACUCGUUCGCUCAGUGAUGACAAGUUUUCUACACCGGAAUUCAGCAAUAGUACGAUCUUAAUCGAGAACGGGUUAAAUGUCCACGAACUUCCAGUUGUUGUGAGAAAACUUAAAGAUCUAGAGGCUUUGGAUUUUCCACCGGCAAAAGAGGUUCCUCGAACGGCAAAUGACUCUGUCAGUUAUCAUUUAAUCCAAGAAGAGUUUAAGCAAUGCAUUGAUUUACGUGAAGUGUUUUCACUGAUAACAAAAUGCACUAAAAUAACACCGAAUAUCGCGCUGGGUGCUAUUGAACGAAUAUAUGAUUUAGAAAAAGAUUCACACUCAAAUAAUAUGACCAACGACCAAACAGUCCACAUAAAUUUUGCCAAAGGUGCUAUUUUAGAGAAACUACUAAAAGUUGUUAUGAAAACUGAAGAUACCCAGACAAUAUUAAAUGUACUAAAAACAACUUCUACAGUAAUGGAACCUUACAAGUACAAGUUUUGUGAUGAGUUACUACUUCGAGUUAUUGAUAAUAGAUUAACUGUAGACCAAUUAUGUGACUUUGCAUUAUUUCUGAAAAAUAAUCCUGUUGAUCAAAAAUAUUCUGACACAAUUGAUAGAUUAUGGGUUGGCUUUAUUGAAAAAGAGAAAGAUAUCAAUGAAGUGAAUAUAAUUAAAAUAUUUAGAAUUUUACCUGGUCUGAAAGUGAGUAAAAAGACUAUUACAACUUUGUUGGAGCAAAAAUUGUCAGAACUAUGGUCUAAAAUAAAGGUUGCAGCUAUGCAAGAUAUUCUUGACAUAUUUUUGGUAGAGAAAUAUUUUUCGAUGCAGUGUUAUAGCAUUUUAGGACAUUGGUUGUACUCCAAUAUCCAUGCUUUAGAUGAUGACGAAUUAUUGGGUGUAAUAACAAUAUUUACACGUCUUAAGUUUACUGAUAAGCAAAUAGAUGCGGCAAUUGAAAAGUUUUUAAAGUUUAAAUCUUCCAAGAUACAAUCACACGUUUUGGUUAUUGGUAUUCUGAAUUACUGCAUGCAAUUCAAGUUACGCAACGAACAGAUACUAGAGAUAUGCAGCCAGUAUUUUAUAGAUAAAAGGAAACAUGUGCCAUCAAGUUUUUUGAAACAUUUCAUAUAUCCAUAUGGAUAUUUGUGUAUGAAUCCAUCUAAUAUUGACUUUUGGUUGUUAGCUGAAGAUGUCUUACUUGAAAAUUAUCUAAAAAUGAAUAUUGAUGAUCUUUGCUCAAUCAUUUCAUCAUACAUCUACUGUGGCAACUAUCCUUUGAAAUUAGUAUCUAAAAUAUUUAGUGUAGAAUACAUGGCUAAAAUAAAUAACUGUGAUAUCUUGAAGAAACUGCAUCUUAUAGAUACAGCACUGUCAUUAGAGUGUGAGGAAUACAAUGGCCCUUUGUUACCUAAAGACCAAUGGUUUAAACCUGCCAUACAAGAUGGUAGAAUUAAGAAUAUCAUAGCUAAAAUAAAAGUCAGCUUUGUUUCUGUUAUUGGAGAUGAAAAUAAAAUGUCUACUUCGGUUGUACUGCCAAACUACUGUUCAGACGAGACAUAUCUUAUUGAUGUGAUGUUCCAUCCACCUGAGACAAGUAGCAGUACAUUUAACUGGAAAUCAAAGUCUCUCAAAAAUGAUUGUACAGCAAUACUUAUCCAUUUACCAGAUCAUUACUGUACUGAUAAUGAACAGCUAAUUGGCCCACAAGUUAUGAAGAAGAGGCAUUUAAAUAUCCUUGGUAUAAAAGUUGUGAGUCUAAAAUAUGCUUUACUCAGUCAGUUCUAUACAUCAUAUAAUACUGUUGGCCUCAGGAAAUAUAUAGCUGACAGUAUUGACAAAUUGCCUUAAUGAUCACUGUUGCAUUGAUUAUCAAUCCCAAGGUACUGAUUUUGAUUACCAUGUAGUACCUUAGGGACCCUGAUCUGUCAAGAAAUUUCUCAAAGCCAAAGUUGAGAAAUCUGCAAGCCUUGCGGAGUAUUAAAAUAUUGGUCCCAGUUGUUAACAUUUAGAUAUGUUAAAAACCCCUGGUGUGUUGAAGGCCUUCCAACCUGCAUUGAAGCUGUAUUGUGAAUUCAGGCUCUCCUUUGAGAGGAGGCUGGUGAGAUUCUAAUUGGCUGAGAACGAUGAUGAUGAAAGUUGAAGCCUUUUUAUUGUUGGUAAACAUGGGUGCUUUAAUGUGAACAUUCUUUUACAUUAUGUUCCAUCAUUGAAUUUCCAUUUUGGUACAGAAAUUUUUAAGACUGACCAAGGUAUAAAAGCAGAGCUAAGUUACUAAAAGUAAUGUGAUAUUAUGGUUUUUAUAGGCAAAACACAUAUAAAAGACAACAUUUUAAAUAUCGGUGAAAUCAGCUUUGAGACGUUUUUGCAUUGUUGAAGUGUAAUGAACUCAGUAAGUAAAACUGGAAUAAACCAGUUUCAGGAUGUUUUUGCAUUUGUUGUAGACUGAUUUGUUCAUGCUUACUUACUACACUAGUUCUCCCUGCUGAUUUGGCUGUGUAAUAGAGUGUCAAAUGAUGUGUUUGAGUAGUCUUCCACUACAUUGGUAGGGAAGUUAUAUAUUAGAUAAUAAUAAAAAAUACCUAACAAAUGUGCCUGAUAUCUUACAUGUAAGUUAAACAAUUAGUUAUAGUUAGUAAGCUUUAUUAUAAUGAAACCUGUAUACUAAGUAAUAAAAAUAUUAUUAAUUGAAUAAAGAUAAUAAGGUUUUAAGGACAUCAUACAAAAAUGGCAGUAUCAAGAGAGGUUGAUUUGUCAUAUGUCCUUUCUAUCUAUUGAUAAUUGGCUAAUAUAGUUUGUAAUAGAGAGAGUCACUAAUCUAUAACUUAAAUUGAAUUGACAGGACUAAAAGUGGUGCUAUCCUUAUUACUAUAUUUUCUCUGGAAAACUUAAGCACUAUUUUUGUAUAAGUAUAGUUUAGAGGUUUAUGUACAACAGAACUGGCACUGUGAAAUUAGCUCAAUAACAAUUUCAAUUUGCUUAUUUGGAAAACAAGUCCCAUAUUAUAUAUGGAGUAGAGUCUGUUAAGCUAUCCAUAUAGCCUUAGUAAAUGAGGCUUUUCCAAAAAAUAAGUUUACUAUUAAACUAUACUAUAAGUUUUACUCCCGCAACAAUUAUCUCUCUAAUUACUCUAUCCCGCUUCAGUUAAGACGAGUAACUAGCUUGUGUAACAGUAAUAAUGCUAAGUUCACACUUGUGUAAAAGGAUAGUGCUAUGAGACCAUAGACUUGCCAAUUUAGUGUGGUUUAGAAAUAUGUGUAGCUACAAAAGAAUUAGCACCUUAAAUGCUGUAAGAAAACUAAAAUGUAGUAUGCAGGUAUGUUCCACAUACAUUUAUUAUGAUAUAUUGUUCAAAUAUAAUGUGUAACUAACUUAUAUUAAAAUUUUGGGUGAAUAUAUUGAAUCUAUUUUUCUAGUCUGGUUUUAAGUCAGAAAUACAUUUACUAAGUGUAAU